AUGAACAAAGAUUCUUUUUUAUUAAUACUAAGAGAUAUAUUUUGGAAGGCGGUGAGGAUAUUGAUAGAGAUAAAUACUGAUAUUGAUACAUUUGAAAUUACCAAAUUCGACUACAGAAGAAUAUUCCAUAAGUGCCCAGAUCAAAAUGUGAGCUAUAGAGAAAUUUUGCAUAAAAUGCUCGAAAUUGAGAAUGAAUUGGACUUAGAUAUGGAUCAUGUAAGGUCAUAUUCUAAAGAUCAUCCAAAUGAAUGGAAAGAAUUAUUCAUCUUCUUUUGUGUUAUGCCGUUUACCAAAUAUGAAUUUCAAGGAUCUGAUGGGAACUUGCUAGACCCUGAUACCCUACGUAAGACUGGUCUGAGCUAG